CACUUCCCGCCCCUCCAUAGAUUCGAACCGUCCGACCGGCGCAACUGUCCCGUCUUUACUCCGCUUGUCGCGUAUGGCGGCGCGUCUUCGCUUCCGCUUUUGCUCCUGCAACCAGCGAAACCCACGCAUUCAGCCCUCCUCAUCCAAUCAUUCGGACUUGGACCCGGUACCUUUUUCCUCACUCCCCUCUGAAUCAAAGACAAUCAACUCACCUGGCAAGAGCGAGCGAGUGACUUGAUGGCCUCCAUCCUCCUCCUUUGAGACAAACUAGCUAGUGGAUCGGGUCAACUUGAAGAAAGGGCGAUUACCUAGUCACCACUACCUACCUAACCUAUGCUAUACUGAAUCACUCACAGCCUCCUUCACAACAAGACAAAUAAAAGGCCACAUCCAAGCCGUCGUCUUCCACCUAUUUUUCUCGUCUUGCUUGAAUUCAUCAGUCUUACUCUACUCUGCUUCGCUUUUCAAAGUUUCGUACUUGCGCUCCAAGAUCCUCCCCUCAGCUGUUCUUUUCUUUCACCGCCUACGCUCACGAGCCGACAGCUUAGUACAAAGAUGGAUUCCGAAAAGAUCAAGACCGGUCGUUUCAAUGGCAUCUUCAAGCCGACUGCCGUCCCUUUGUGGAUGCCUCUGUACAACCCAUCCCCUCUUCUCUUCAAGGAUUCUUUCAAGCUCACGACCCUCUUCGUCAUCGGCGCCCUGUUCCAGUGCGGCCUCUUCGUUAUACUGCCUUCCAAGUACGCCGUUGUCCCUGCCUCCGUCCUCGCCCUCAGCUCCAUCGUUUCGACCGUCCUCGAGUCGCGCGCCAGCAAGAUGAACCAGUAUGCCGAGGGUGUUGUGCCGGGCCGAACCACCGCCCAGAUCCCCGACCCUGCCACCGGAAUCAUCCCGGGCAUCGCCGCCUCCAAGUCGCUCAUCGUCUUCCACCUCGGCGUCCGCUUCAACCACCCCCUUGGCCUUCUCUCGCCCGGCGGCCGCGAGAUUGGCGCCUACUUCCAGCAGAUGAACGACGACCUCCAGAAGCGCGCCACCGAAUACGGCCUCUACCACAUGUCCAACUGGCUCGGCGCCGACAGCGCUCGCAACAACACCGUGCUCAACAUCUACUACUUCCGCGACACCGCCGGCCUCCACAAGUUCGCCCACGACGCCCUGCACCGCAAGGGCUGGGACUGGUACAACGGCUUCAACCAGAAGCAGAAGCACAUCGGCAUCUUCCACGAGACCUUCGUCACCGCCCCGCAGCACUACGAGACCAUCUACGGCAACAUGAAGCCCACCUUGCUCGGCGCCGCCAGCCUCGAGUGCAACAGCGAGGAGACGGGCGACAAGGUCUGGGUCAACACUCUCGUCAGCGCCGACGCCGGACCCCUCCGCGGCAUGACGCGCCGCAUGGGCAACAAGGACGCGCCUCUCGACGCGUAUGCCUGAGGGACUGUGCUCCAGGCACGGAAGUCACUCAUUGUCCAAGGUUCUGAAGGCUUCUCAUUGAAAAAAAAAAAAA